GCCCGUUUGGGAUGGGCUCAAUUCAUAACGUCAUUUCACUUCUCUUUCUGUUAUUCUUCGCCUCCUCAUCUCCUUCCCUCUCGAAAUGACGCCGUCUCCCGUUCUCGCCACAUAAUGACUAUUCACAACUUUCUCCGUGUUUUUCUCCCCGCGAAGCAUUUCUCCAGAGCCUCAACUUUUCUGGCGCGUCAUCAUUUGUGGAGUUAACGCGGCAGUCAUCCGAGGCGACCAGAGCCCUUUCAUAGCUGGAUCGUUAAAAAGCCAGUGGAACAGUCCAGGAAAUGCAGCGUUUUCUUUAACCCGGAGGUACAGCUGCCGAACAGCCUCAGCGGGAAUAGCACGGGAAAUGUGCAGGAAGUAACGGCGAGCGUCGGGAUGUUUCCGUUAGCGCCAAGCCAGGUCUGAUUCAUCCCGUCAUGUUUUCGCCUCUCGCUGUGGCUCAGGAUGAAUUUCAUCCGUUCAUUGAGGCUCUGCUGCCCCAGGUCCGUGCCUUUGCCUACACAUGGUUCAACCUCCAGGCCAGGAAAAGGAAGUACUUCAAAAAGCAUGAGAAAAGGAUGACUAAAGAAGAAGAGAGAGCUGUCAAAGAUGAACUGCUGGGGGAGAAGGCAGAGGUGAAACAGAAGUGGGCCAGCCGUCUUUUGGCCAAGCUAAGAAAGGACAUUAGACCUGAAUGCAGAGAAGACUUUGUCCUGUCAAUCACUGGGAAGAAAGCUGCAUGUUGCGUCCUGUCAAACCCGGACCAGAAAGGCAAAAUGAGACGCAUAGACUGUCUCCGACAAGCUGACAAGGUGUGGAGGUUGGACCUGGUCAUGGUCAUCCUGUUUAAAGGAAUUCCAUUGGAAAGCACAGAUGGAGAGCGGCUGGUCAAGGGAGAACAGUGCACCAAUCCAGUCCUCUGUGUCCAGCCAAGACACAUCUCUGUGUCUGUCAAAGAGCUUGACCUCUACCUCGCUUACUAUGUGCAAGAACGAGAGGCAGAGCAGAGCAGUCCCAGUCAUACAGGAGUGGGUUCUGACCAGGAGGACAGUCAAACCGCCACUAUGGAUGGUCCAGAGUUCCAGGAGUGUUUUGUGACUUCAGGGGUUUUCAGUGUCACUGAGCUGGUCCAGGUGUCAAGAAUGUGUGUAUGUGUGUGUGUAGCUCCAGUUGUAACAGGAGUGGGACCUAGUUUCUCUGUGGGGGAGCUCCAGGGUCAUCUAGCUUACGACCUCAACCAUUCUGUCAACCAGCCAGUUAGCCUCAGACGAUCACUGGCCAGCACCUCAUCCAGCGGGAGUAAGCGUCAUAAGUCUGGCUCUAUGGAGGAAGAGGCUGACAGUCCAGGAGGGGAGUAUUACCACUCACCUUCCUCUCCUGCCAGCAGCUCCAGGAACUGGACUGAUGACAUGGAAGGAGGUCCAUCUCCUCCAGUGAAAAAAGCAGAGCUCGACAGUCCCUCUUCCCAGGAAGACUCGCCAAGACUGGGCUCAUUCACUCAGCACCACCGGCCAGUCAUAGCUGUUCACAGUGGUCUGUCUCGGAGUCCCCACCCCUCGUCAUCUAUUCAUUUCUCACCUUCGUCCUACUUCCCCCACGGAGCGAUCCGCUAUCCUCCUCACCUGGCCCAGGACCCCCUCAAAGAUCUGGUCUCAUUGGCCUGCGACCCUGCCAAUCAAACCCCCAGCUCACUGAAUGGCAGCAACCAAGGGAAAGUGCCCAAUCACUACAUCUCUUCUCAGAUGUUGGCCCCCCCUGGACCUUUACCCUCCCUGGCUCCUCCUCCAUCCUCCUUACCCAGGCCGACUCUGCCUGCAGAGUCAAAGGCCGCGAGCACUUCUUCUGAGGGGUGCGCAAACUCCCCCACAUCACCCAUCUUGGUAUCUGGGCAACUGAGUGAACUGUGGAGGAAAGCUGAUCGUCAAAGCAGCACCAUCCUGGGGGAAAGAAAACGAUGCUGUCAUGACAUUACCAGAGGAAAAACAUAUUCAUUUUUGUAGAGGUAUAACAUGUGGUCAUACAUAUAUAUAAAUAUACAGUGUAAUAUAUUUGUAUAUCUGUAUGUACCCAGAAUAAAUAGCUUGGAUGGAAGAAGGAUGCUGCUCUUACUCAGCCAUGUUGCAGACAAAGAGUGAACUAUGCCAUGUGACACUAAAUAGUUCUCACAAGAUGGUGCAAGUUGUGAUUUUCAAUGGUUAGUAGACAUCAACUCAGACUAGAACCAGGCCUCAACACACCAGAACCUAAGAAACCUGUAUCCCAAUUGUGUUCCAAGGAUGAGGCUGUGUCCCUGAAAUGGAUGUCAGCCUUUAACCCCCUAACCUAGGUCUCUGCUCUAAAUCCAGUGCAAGGCCUCCUCCCUGCGACAGACCUCAUAGCCCCUUAACACCAAGAAUGCCCAUCUCCGCUGCAGGUGCUGCUUAUAAUAUAUAUGCAAAUAAGCCUCCCUUUUUUUAAUGGAAUGUUUCUUUGCAAUUUUGUAUGUGUUAUGGAUAUAACUGAAGAACAUUUUGAGUUGAAACUGAGCAUUUUCUUUCUCUCGCCCCACCAAAAGACAUCGGCUUUGUCUUUUUUAUUGACAAUCAUAAGCCCGAAACCAUUACGUUGCUUUGCUCAGCUCAUGUGUUUAAGACUGUUUGGAUAUGGUUUCGUAUCAGUAACAGUGGAAUAGAAGAGCUAUAUUCAUGCCUCCUCAAACACAACACACAGUGCUACAGUUGAACAGCAGUGUAGAGUGAGUCCUACUGGUACUGGAACCAGGAGAGGCUGUGGUUAGCACCUUUUCCCUCAGAUGCUCAUCAUUUUGUCAUGGCAGUGUUGCUUGGAGAAGACAAGCACCGGCCUCUGUAACCUGGACCAUGUGGAAGCAGUAGACUGGCUGAUGAUCCCAAUGUGUUUGAAACUGUAGCAUUGUAUGUGUGUGUGUGUGUGUGUGUGUGUGUGUGUCAGAUUGUGAGUAUGGUUCCUAUAUUUACACCCUCAACCCUGCUCUGUUUUGAGAUGAUUUGUGUCUCAGAGAGCACAGUGAUUGGUUUGACCUAGUAUGAAGGUAGAUCAGAAAGAGAUUCAGCAGGCAUUGCACUAGGUUUAAGUCCAUGAUCUGAUGCUUCUGGUUCUGAAGUUACUUGUUCAGCUUCAGAAUGGUCUGGUCUGCAGCAGUAGGGUUUGUGUUUGGGUUCAGAUAAACUGAAGGAAAGGUUAGCCCCAGUGUUGUGGUUGGUUUAUAUUCCAACCUUGAUGGUUUACCACAGGCAGCAAGCAACAAGUCAAGUGUUUCAAGCAACAAGUUUGCUGAUUUUCUAUGUCCCACCUUAAAACAUGAUUAUGCUUUAGUAAGGGAAAGCAAUAAUCUAGCUUUUCAAAGAUUAAUUCAGUCAACAAUCUUUUGAAAGAUAUCUAUUCGCUUACAAUUGUACAUGUUUCAUUUUAACUUAGAGUUUGAAUCCUCUAAGUAACAAAGAGAGAGAGACGUCAGUGCAGUCGAUAGCAACAACUCUGUGUAAAUAUAAAAGCAGAAUCAAAGGAUACAAUCUAACAUUAUUAAUAUUUGUCUGUAAAAAUCAAUGCAUACACCCUGGCCUUUCGCUAUUUUGUACAGCAUCUCUUUGGAGAUGAAAACACUGAAUAUACAUUUUUUUAAAUGUGCCAUAUUUUAAUCUCCAAGGCUUUGCAAUUAUAAAGCAGUUUAUUUUAAACAAUUUGCGUUAUUCACAUGAAUUCAAUGGAGGUUGUUUUUGCGGUCCGAAGACAUUUAUACUCCAUGAUUGGGUCGCUUGCAUUCUCUGUGCAACAGGGGAGAAGUCAAAACAUCAUUAUUUCACUUGUUUUACAGGAAUGGUGCCUCAUGUCCUCUCCUCCAUUUGCCUCACAAGAUAAAAUGUCAAAGUUGAAAUGCAAUAAAUCCUACCACUGCUGAAGUCUGAACAGUGGAUCUGAUAUACAUUCAGCGAAGAGUAGAGCAGUGUUGUACUAUCAGUGGAAAUAUGGCAUUCAUAUUAAGGUUUUACUCAAGGGAAAUAAUUCAUCUUUCCAGGUGGAAGGCAGAUAUCUGUGGAAGCUGCAACCUGCUGUAAUAAAAGAUAACUGCCCCUAAGGUUCAAAGAGUAACAUUCAAAUGGAACCAGUGAACCAGCUGCACACAGCAUGUAGCAACCAGAGAGGGGUUGUGGGAUGGCUCUGGCAGGUAAAUCAACAGAAACAGUUUUCGUUUGGCCCCUUUGCUAUUUAAAUGUUACUGUCAAACUAUGAUUGUUUUUCCACUUACACACAAGGAUCGCCACGUGAUUUUGCUGCCUAUGGACCUGAGUCAUUCUGUUGAAUUAGACAUGAACUCGGGCUGUAUCUAAAAUGUGGUGUCUUUUCUUUCCUAGGGGAAGUGUCAGUGUCUGCGAGGGGUUAAGAGUUUACACUGAAGGUGCUGAUGUGAGCUGUUUGAUAGGGCCAGGGUUAAAGUAGCGGUUAUGGUUGGCUUAAUGCUGGAUACUGCAUUGUGAUGCCCCGGUUGCUGUGUUGACCUAAUGAAUGCAUGACUCAAACUGAUGAUACCUCUCCAUCCCGAUCCCGCUCUUCCUCCUCCUCCCCUUUCUCCCUCUGUUCUCUGUGUUACAUCUGAAGACAAUGGAUUUAAUGGCUGUCUAUUUCUUUAUAUUUGGAUAUAGUGCCAUUAUUAAACUUCUAUUUUGCACGAUAUUUAAUGUAAUACAUUAUGUUCCUUGCCUUUAGUUAAAUAACAAUAACACAUUAUGGAGAAUUGAUAUACUCUUUAUGAUGCAGCUGGUAGCACUUAAAAUAAUCUGCAUGUUUGAUCGCUUGACAUUAACCAGUGUUGCAGGUAGACAGGGCCAGUCUAUUAAGUGCAAGCUCCAAGACAGCUUCUGUAGAGACUACUUGAAGCCCAUCCUCUGCUGCUAUCAUAUAAAGGUAGAUUUGUGUCUUUAUUACACAAACCCCCAAAAAGGUUUUUAGAGAAAUUUUCUUAUUUGUAAGUAAAUUAAUUGUUAGUUUUUCUUGUGAAACUAGAAUUUGUUGCUCCAAAAUAUUUGCUCUCAAAUAUGAAACCGUUGCUCUCAAAAUGACAACAUUUGUUCACAAAAAAAAAAACCUGCGCUCUCGAAACCAAAAUCUACGAGUUGAGUUUGGACGUAGCUGCUGAAGCGAAGAGUUUCUAUUUGUGGGUUUGACCUGCUCUUGGCUCGCUGCACUAAUGGGAAGUUACGGUGAGGAGGACAUGGAAAUAUGUUGACAAGUUGGAGCAGCCCUCUUUGCUCAUUCAGCAGCGUAAGCCCCGCCCACUACGUGCAAACUCAACUCGUAGAAAUUCGUUUCGAGAACACUUUUUUUUUUGUUGAGAACGCAGGUUAUUUUUAGAGAGCGCAGGUUGUUGUUUUUUUAGAGCAAUUUUUUUAAUUUUGGGAGCACCUUUUUUUAUCUUGAGAACAAAGUUUUCAAUUUGUGAGCAGAAAUUUGCUCUCAAAUCUUGUUGGGUAUUUGCGUAAUAAAGACACAAAUCUACCUUCAUACUCCUUUCGUAAUCGACCCAACAAAUUCAAUAUCAGCAGGGGAAAGAUAUGUCUGACAUUUAGGGAAUUCCACAUGUUUGCUGUCAGAGUUUCACAAGAAAUAUGAUAUCUCUGUCAUUCCACCAUCCAGGAGCCCACACACAUCAGGAAUCCCAACUCUUGCCCCUAUUAUCUCAACUUAAGGUUCAUUCACUACAUUCAGACUCAUCUCAAAAGUUUCAUCAGCCGAUGAGUCGGCGCUGGUGUCAUUCAGGGACCGAAGUACGGAACUUUGGUCUGCUAAAAACAAUAGGGGGAGGUCUAAACCCAUAUCCGGGUUCCAGGAAGACAUCAGUGGUUAUGAUCUACAUUCCAGAUACUGUAUCACAUGACAAGGUUUUAUACCUUUAUCAUGGGACGAGUGAACCAUCCCCAUGACAGCUGAGCACUCUGUUAUCAAGGUCAGGAAUGACCUGGACAUAUAGAUGUGUCAUCAACUUGGUAACAUUAGAAAAGAACAAUAGCAAAUAAAGUCAUGAACUGUUUCUUUAAGAGGUGAUUUUUUUUCAAUGACAAAUACCCCGCCAUAACAUUGAUGGUUGGUCUCAAAGCUGAUCUGGUUAAGUAGCUCAGCUGUUUCAAGUUAAAAUGAUUGCUCAUAGGUGUGUGGGGACAUCUACAGUGUUGAACAAGAACUGGAUGUGUAUUUUUUCCUAAUUGGGGAUGCCAUUGUGUUGUGAAUAAAACAAUAUCGCAGUG